UGUUCACGUGUGUUAUGUUUGCUGUGCAGGUUUGAUACUGAAGGCCAGGUGAUGGAAGGAACAUCUAUUUCUGAUAUGAAGGGUGGUUCCACAGGGGGGAACACGAACUGGAAAGUACUACUUGAAGUUAAAAAUGAAAAUUUGGGUCACGGAGAUAAGCCUGAUUAUUACACGACUGUUGGUACCAUUGUGUACCUAAGGAAGGAAAACUGCAUGUACCAGGCGUGUCCCACCGCAGACUGCAAUAAGAAGGUUGUGGAUCAACAGAAUGGCCUUUAUAGAUGUGAGAAAUGUGAUCGUGAGUUCCCCAACUUCAAAUAUCGAAUGAUCUUGUCAGUAAAUCUGGCAGACUUUGGAGAAAAUCAGUGGGUAACGUGUUUCCAAGAGACAAGCGAGGCAAUCCUUGGGCAGAAUGCCAAUUAUCUUGGAGAACUGAAGGACUCGAAUGAACAAGCCUUUGAAGAAGUUUUCCAGAAUGCAAACUUCCGGUCUUUCACCUGCAGAAUCCGUGUCAAACUUGAAACAUACAAUGUAAGUGACUUAAUCUGGAAUCAUAUUGACUAGAUUUUGCUUCACUGGUCAGCGCAGUUAGUAAUUUUUAGAAAAAGUAGUGCAAAAGGAGCCCUGUGAUGCUUAAGUGUGAUGUUUUAACAAGGAGUGACUGAACUGAAUCAAAUCCAGAUUGUAUUUCUGUUCAACACCUGGUGCCACAAUUAUAGAGGGUAAAUACUCACUUCCUUUGCUAGUUCCUUUUAAAGUCUAACGUACAUCGACUUCCCAAAUUCCUUCAGUAUUUCUGUUGCUGAGAUCUUCUUUGUAGCUCCUGAAACAAGCUAGAAGUAUAUCCAGGAUUUUAAUUGCAUUAAUUCCAACUUGUUUAUUCUGAUAUAGUGCCUUCCUAUUGUUCUAUGAAGAUUAUUUCCAAAAAUGAUGCUCUGUGCUACUAUAGGGGAAGAAUCCUAGAAGUGAAAGGUUAUCAAAUGCCCUCUCUGCUUGACCUUCACUGCCAAUCCUUAUAAUUGAGGAUUACUCUGAGAGGUUGUAUCAUUAUUCAUACCUGAAAAACCUUGUCCCCUUUUAGCAAAAGCAUUAGAAGCAAGUGGAGACUGCAUUACUGCUUUAGUUUGUUCCUGUGUUCAAGUAUGAGUUAUUUGAUUCUCAGCCUCAUUCUCUUAGUGUGAACAUGCUCUAAAUGACAUCCAUCAGUCUCUGAAGUUUGAAUUCCCAGAGCUCACAAAUCUCUGUGGAUAGUGGGGGGGAUUGCGAGGAAGGAAAGGGGCUGGAUUUGAUAUUGUUUUCUUGUUGUGUUCCGUUGUUCUGCCACAUAUUGUGGGCAUGCAAUGUUGAUGCUAGGAUUUGUGGUCCCCCCAACACAUCCUUGGAUGUUUUGGUUCUUAACACAAAUGAUGCAUUUCACUGUUGCCACGUGAAUAAAUCUGAAAAUGAAAAACUCACCUAGUCCUAAAUGGAUGGUAUUUUACCCUUAGUACGGCCCUUAUUCUCCAGCCAGAAGAAAUCAAAUCCCAGCACUUUCUCUGUCCAGCCCUAGGAAUCUUGAGCAUUCCAUUCUUCUAAACACAUUACUAUCCCCCACCCCCACCC